CCAUUCUCGCGAGAAGCGGAUACUGGCCUCCUCGUCGACGAGCCAGCAUUCCACACUGCCUCGGACGCCAUCCACCGUUGUCAGCCCAGCCUGGUUGUUCUCGGGCAAGCAGUGAAGAAGAUUUCAGUGGGGGCAGAUACCCACACUGUGUAGUAUAGGUCCGCCUAUGUCUAUGAAUCCACCACUUCGGUGUAAAUUGGGUUUUACAGGAUCGCUGGCGAGCAAGCCACAGAGCGAGCCGAAGAAGAAAGAAGCAGCCGCAAUGUCGUUUAUGAGAGGAGAUUUGCUUUGUCGAACCAGAAAGCUCGUGAAGGGUUUGGCCCAGACCGAACCCUUAUGGCUCAAAGCCAUGGAACAAGCACCGCCCGCAUCAUUCCCUCGACCUGAGGGUAAAAUUAAAACCAUCACUCUUCCGGAGGAUGUUUACAUAAGGAAGUUUUAUAAGAAAUAUCCGGAUUCAAAAUACUAUGAUGCCAUCAAGAUAAAUUCUUUUGAUCCUCCUCCAUCUCGUGUUUAUGCUGGGAGGAUUCUGGAGUUAACAGAGCAGGGGGUCACUGAGGCACAAGCAAUGGCUGUAGCCGAUAAGGAAUAUCGGGCUGAGGUGGCAGCAAAGAAGAAAGCAUAUGCUCGCUUGAAACAAAUUGCCCGUCUUCAAGGGAAGAAGCCUCCUCCUAACCCAUAUCCUAGUGCAAUUAAGGAGAUACAAGCUGAGGAGAGGAAAUAUGUCCGUGCUCGCUUUCAUGAUCCCGAGAUACGUAAGAUUGUGGAGCAACAGAAAGAGGAUUAUAGAGAGUUUAGAGAAAGAAUGGGACUGCAAACGAUUACCGAAGUUAGAGAACCUACAGAACAUUAGUGAAGGAGCUUUGGUUAGUCAAUGCUAACUAUGUUAUUUGCUUUAAUUGUAGUUUGGUUGAGUACUGAUUCAUCAGAUCAUGUAGAAAGCAAGAUGUUCAACCAAAAAUUACAUUCAAGCAUCCUCAUUCCUUCCUUUUUGAUUCAUUCUAGGAUGUCCAUAUUGGUACUGUUGUUGCUGACUUUCUGAUUCAGCCUGAUGUUUUUUAACUCUGUAUUUUGUCUAUCAACCCAUGCAUUUACUGCUUUUUCAUGGA